GCGGUCACGAAGCAAAAACACGACGGACCGCUUGGCAAAACGCCAGCAACCUUCAAGAAGCUCGUCGCCAGAAUUUAGAAAAAGACACCUUUUCCGAUCCUCCUGAAAACAGAAAGGCUACGUUGUGAGCCCGAGAAAAUUAACAUGGGGCCGCUGUACCUCCUUCUAUGGUUUGCGAGCCUGGUCACAGCGCAGUUGGAGAGCACUUCUGUCGAGAUUAUCACAAUCACCGGAAGCAGUGCUAUAUCGAGCGGAGAGGCACCAGCCGCCACAGUACCUUCAGAUUUCGACGGGAGCACAAUAGCAACAGUCAGUUUAACCGCAGACGUCUCAGGAAGUACCGGCGCGACAAAUGCUACAGCAUCCGCGGGAUCGUCCGGAGCAUCAAUAGAAGCUACAUACACGCGACUCGUGGGCGGAACGAGAUCAGCAACAUCGACCGUCUUGAGCGCAACAAGUACCACGUCAACAGCUGCCGCCCCCGUGAACACACAGCCCUGCAACAAUUAUCCCGAGCUCUGUGAGCGCAAGUACAGUAACAUCACCGAGGUCUGCGCACACAACAGUCCUUUUGUGAGAGCAAAUAAUGCGGCGUCGAACCAGGAAUUGACCGUCACUCAGCAAUUGAAUGAUGGAAUCCGAGUACUGCAAGGACAGGCGCAUUAUGUAAAUGGUACUCUUUAUUAUUGCCACACAAGUUGCGACCUUCUUAAUGCAGGCACUGUGGAAGAUUAUCUUCGCACCGUUACGGAAUGGGUCGCAGCCCACCCUUUCGAUGUCAUUACCAUUAUCUUCGGUAAUUACAACUGGCAAGAUACAGACGAGAACGGAAACCGCACAGUCACCUCUAAACAAUUUGCGGAGCCCAUCGAAGCAUCAGGCCUCAUGCAGUAUGUCUACCAGCCGCCUAAGACAGCCAUGGAUCUCGCAGACUGGCCAACACUCGGAGAGCUUAUCAUCCAGGGUAAACGCGUUAUUACGUUUAUCGACUACAACUUCGACACCGACGCAGUGCCGUAUCUCCUCUGGGAGUUCUACAAUAUCUGGGAGACGCCGUUCAGCCCUACGAGCGAAGACUUCACGUGCGAGAUUCAACGUCCAGAUGGUCUUUCUGAAAACAAGUCGAGGGAGAUGAUGUACAUGGCCAACCAUAAUCUGAAUGUACAAGUCAGCAUCGCGGGACUGAAUCUGUUAAUACCGAAUACAGCGGAGCUGAACAUAACGAACGGUGUCAAUGGGCCAAACAGCCUAGGUGAAAUGACGGAAAAUUGCACGGCCAUGUGGGACCGCCCGCCAAACUUCCUUCUUGUUGACUACUACAAUCACGGCUCUCCCAUGAACGGCUCGGUCUUCGAGGUUGCCGCACGUGCCAACAAUGUUACGUAUGACCGCAAGUGUUGCGGCAAAGCAGCCAGCUUGGGUGUGGUGCUUAAGAUGCCUUCACCCACUUGUCUAGCUCUUGCUAUUGCAGUCAUUGUGGCGUUGCUGCUAUGAUUUGUAGGGCAAUGUACGGCAAGAAGCUUGCGAGGCGAGUCUUACUGAACAAAGAUAGUGUACCUCACAGACUCCGCGGGAGCUGAAUUUCUAGCGUGAUAUUGUUUUGCUGUUUGUGUUGCAUAGCGAUUUGGUUUUGAAAUUGCAUUUACGGUGGACGAUUGAAUUUGAGACCGCUCGUUGAAAAACGGGUAUGUGUGUAUUCACUUAGUUAAGGGACCCGCGUUACAACCGAUGCAUCUUGCGUGCAGCUCGUUAAAUCACGGGUUCAGUGGGCCCAGGGUAGACUCGGCGACCAUUACAGCAGACGUUGCUAAUGUAUCCAUGAAUGUACGAUACAGGUGUCAGUUUCCGAGAGUCUCAAAUAUAUAUGUACC